ACGCCGCUAGAGCUAGAGUCACUGGAGUCAGUUUGCUUGCGGCAGUGGAACCUCGUGGUGGACCUGUCGUACUGGUCUUGUUCUAUCCCACCUUGUCAACAUGGAUUUUAACACGUUCACGGACGUCAAACACGGCGAUGGCGGAGAAGAACCGCAGGACAUGCACGGAUCGUUCGAAAAAUCUGCUGCGCAAACGAUGGAUUCGGCGGACGACUUCCUUUCCCAAUUUACCAACAAGCCACUACCGGCAUAUAAAGAGUCGGAGUUGCUUUCCGAAAACACAACCAGCAACGUAGAUCUUUUAUCAGGUUUUGAUUCCCUUGGCACUUCCUCGAGCGCACCGGUGGACGCCCAUAUCACAUCGCCGUCGCCAACAUUCGCUGCGCCGGACUCUUCCGCUAGGAGUGACAGCCCUCCCCAGUCACUGCUCGAAACAACCACUAGCGAAGCACUCAAGGAGGAAGUCACCGAGAAAGUGACUGGAACGACUACAGUACCGCAUCUUGCGCCAAAUAUAGCACCCGAACCAAAGCGAGAGGUAUUACAACCCUCCGUUUCUAUGCCUUCGGAUAAGCCUAACGUCAUGGACUCCGAAGCAACAUCAACGACAGAUCGUAAAUGCUGCCCUUUCACGUCCGCUGGAUGGUGGAACCCAAAGUGCUUGCACCCAGUUGUGGAGGAACUGGUGUACUGGCGUUGUGCAAAGAAGAGCGGAUUGGCCUUUGGUGGAGGCCUGGUUCUUCUCCUCUCUCUGACAUGCUUUUCCCUCAUCAGCGUAGUAGCUCACGUCGCCCUUGGGGCCCUCGUGGUGGCCAUCACCUUCAGAGUCUACAAGAAUGUCUUACAGGCUGUUCAGAAGUCGUCCGAUGGACAUCCCUUCAAGCAACUGCUGGAGAAAGACAUCACAUUGCCAAAACAACGGGUGCAAGAUGUGACAGAGACUGUGGUGAAGCACGUGGAGCACACUGUCGUACGACUGCGAAGCCUCUUUCUUGUUGAGGACCUCGUCGACUCUCUCAAGUUGGCUGUUGUGCUGUGGUUGCUGACUUACGUGGGGUCCUGGUUCAAUGGCAUGACCCUCAUAAUCCUUGGUUAUGUGGCAUUGUUCACGUUGCCAAAGGUCUACGAGACAUAUAAGGUCGAGAUAGACAAGUACGUCGCAGUAGCCAGGACACAGGUCUGCGGAAUCCUGGGCAGCAUCAAGUCCAAGAUCCCAGUUGGCCAGAAGCCCAAGGAGCAGUGAGGUCCUGGACUGCACACUCAACAUGGCUGAGCCAGUGCUACCGUUUUUAAGAUGCAGUUCGUUGUUGUUGAUUUCUGGAUUCUGCGUGCACAUACAUCCCAUCACUUUGGGACUCCUCCACAGUCAUAGUGGAGAUUUUUUUCCCCCUAGGCAAAAAGACACGCAGACAAGUUUUUGACCGUCAGUGCAGCUCCACAAAGAGCCAGUUUUUUUUCCCAAUGAAAUGCAAAUGUUUUGGUCUUUUUUUUCCCCCCCUCUCGUUUGUUCCGUGUAGCUUAGAGGCCAAUUUUUGGGAGGUUUUAAAAAGCGGGGUACAGGUUGAGCAGUCUUGAAUGUGUUGUAUCAAUUACGUCUUCUUUAUUAGUAUUGGCCGUGCCUGUAAAAGGGAUUUCUUUCUUUUAACUGCCACUCGAACAGCCGCUAAGGCAUUGUUGGACAUUGGACACGGUCACUGUUACUUUCGUGUAUCUCUUGUGCAAUGUCCAGUGUCGAAUGUUGACUGGGCUCGCGAGAAGAAAAAAAAAGCUUUUUCGAGUGGAAGUAAGUAAUGUUCGCACGUGCUUGAGACUCAGUUGACAUCGCAUAUACUUAAGUUGUACAGAUGCGUGCGUGUGUGGUAUCAUUUUUUCCCCCCUCUCUCUUUUGAAACGCAACAGUUGAAGGUUCGUGCAAAAUGGUUUCUUCUCCUUUUGCCAUUGUGAUAGCUAGGCUUGAUCUGGUGCACGUGUGUGUGUUUUAAUUUCCAUGCUCAGACAUUUUUUCCCCCCCCAUCUAGUUUAUUUAAGUAUAUCGAUUAACGUUGUUAGGCAAUGUACACAUACUAUCUGGAGGUUGUUGAAAACCGUUGCUCAGUUGCUUGCGAGUGUAAGGCACGAGUGCUUGUCCAGUGCAGUUGUUCAUAUUAACCCAUUUUGAGAUUGUACAGACGGGGAUCUUUUCCUUAUUGUGCAAAUAAAAAAAAGAUCUGUA